GCAUCGUUGAUGGUACUAGUAACGUCUGUGAGUAUGGUAUAAAUCAAGCUGACAAGGUGGUCCCUGGUCUAGCGUGUGUCACGGUGAUCGGUAAUCUGUGUUUUUGCGGUGCCCUUUACAAAUCGGUUCCUUUAUACACGGCAUGGCAAGGGUCAGUCUCCCAGUUGCCGUAUCUUGAACAAAGUAAACGUAAGUAGGGUAGGAAUUCAAAGACAGAGAGGAAACAUUAACUCGUCUUUCUUCUCCUACAUCGGCGGUUCUUUUUUAUGUGCUCGAAAAUCAAAGAGAAGUGCGCGGUGGCCAGACGAAUGAAAAAUGAAGGAAUCAAAUCAAAAUAAUAACAUGUUGAUUUGAAGCGCUAUAAAAAGUUAGCAGAAGUAAAAAAACCGAAGGAAUAUAUUCAGGCAUAUAGAAAAAGAAUCAAGAGAAAUCUAAAUGAAUAAAGUUUACUGUGUGUACGGUGUGCAUGGAAGUGGAACAUCAGCUAUCGAUUCGCGCGCUUUUGAUGAAUUGAACCGAUGCCGAAACCAACCGCACCGUCGUCGUUGAAAUAUGCAUCGUUUUCAGAGUAAUUGCUGCUUCAUUGAAUCAAUUGGAUUCUACGGAUACUGAAAACGACGUGAAGAAUUCAUUGAAAUAAAACUGGUUACGAACGCAAUCGUAAAAUGAACUUCUGAAGUGGGACGAAAAAAGAGGAAACGGUUUAUCGACUUUAGCAAAACGAAAAUGAAAGCUGCCGCUAAUAAUAAGAAGCGCAUAAUGUGGAAAGUCACUUAAGAACGUGUGCAAAAUGAAUAAAUCGAAUUAAGCAAAUGCAUACAAUUAAUUACGACGGUAUAAAGCGUUGCUGGUAAUUGUAUGAGGCAAUACCGUUCGACCCAUGAAUCUGUGCAGCUACUCUGAGCGAGUGUAACUAUAGUUAAGCCCCCUAAGCCAUCGUCAUCGGUCGCCGGUGUAUAAGUUGUUGCAGUCGUCUUAUGCAGAGCUUUCUGCCUUCGCCGAUGUAUCUUGCCAAGGUUCAACUUUACACCAUAUAAACGAAAGAUCGCGAAGAUAGAGUGCGCCUGUGGCUGCCUGCAUAAAUGCUGCGAACGCUGCCAGCUAUUAUCCUAUACACACAGUCAUUUGGUGUUAGGCGCUUUUUGCGCUGUUGCUGGUCCUAUUAAUUUACUUGUGGUUAAGUGCUUUUAAUGAUCAGUGCUGGAUUCGCCGUGAUAAAAUGUAUCAAAAGAGGAGGAAAAUAUAAAAAUCAUGAAAUAAUGAAUUAAAAAAUAUCCAUACUUCAAUCAAGUUCAUGUGCAUUUUUGAGGUAGCAAGAUGCCUUCGAAACGGGCGAAUCAGUAGAGCCGAGUGAAGUUGGAAUGUAAUUAUAAUGUUAGUUUAAUGUUCUGCAGCAAAACACCUUAAAGGUGGUAAAUUUUUGUACAGUUUUGAGAGCUAAAAAGGAAGAAAAGUGAAAACAGGCAAUCAAAGUGAAACGAAAAUGGCCUCUACAAGCAAGCAGAUGAAUCUUGGGAUUAUUCUUGCUCUCUUUAUAAUCGUUUCCGUGCACUGCGGCUACGGACAUAAUUACGGACAAGGAAUACCGACAUGGAUAUGUCUCGGACUGAAGUCACCAUUUAUCGAGUUCCGGUCGGAGUUCGAGGUACUGUCGAACAACAGUAUAUCGUUAAAUUUGACAGAAAUUCGGCAUAAACUAAAGAGUGUACAAAAUCUGGACCACUUUAUUCGUCCCGUCGAUAAUGGACGAAAAGAUGAUAGUAAAAGGAAUCUCUUUCCUGGACUGUCAUCAUCAUCUGCAGGUGUGGUCAACACGCUUCCUAGCAACAUGUCGAUUACGUUUCUGACCACAACUCCACCAUCGUUUGUAAAUCAUUUUGAAAUAACGACAGAGCACGGCAUUUCAAACGAUGUAGACAUGGAGAAGAAAAUUUUUGGCGAGCAUAUGAUAUCUGAUGAUAGCAGCAAAAAGGAAAGAAAGUAUAUUAUACCGCUAGCUUUGAAGACGUCAUCGAAUGAAAAGGAAAAAACGUCUUCUGUAUUUCAUGGAUCGUCGACUAAUAUUGACGAUUUAAAACGUCACAUUCUGAUGCUGCAAAAUCUAACUCAGUCCGAUAAGAGUUUUCAAAGCAAAUUUGUUGUGUUCCCUGCUCUGCAGAAUAAUAGUUCAGAAACUACUACUACCGAAAAAGUAACUACGUCAACUGUUCGACCUGCGAUUCACCAAAUGCCGGUGCUACAAAUUAGGGAAGAUCAAGGUCCAACCAGAGUAUUUCCAGAAAAAUUUAUUCGAUUACGCCCAACGAUCAAUAUGCCCCGGCAAAUCUUGCCCAAUUCUCAAGAUAUUCUGACCGAUAAUAAGGAUGACAUGUUCAAAAUGGAAAAAAUUACAAUAGUUCCACAGGUUUUCCUACAAAACGACCAAACGCCGGAUUCCAUGGCAGAUGAAGAUAAUAAUGACAAUAAUUACGAUCACAACAACGAAAGGAGGAAAGAAAUCAAAGGAAAUGACAGAGAGAGCAUCAAAAAUAAAAUACCGUCUCCGCCCGUCUAUCAUGGACACGGCAAGGAGGACACGGGGGAAGACACAGGUUAUAAAUUUCCACUGUCGGUCACAAUAACACCGGCACGAAUGAACGGCCGCAACAGAACAACUUUGGCGGCGAUGGUGUCUAGCGCGGCACAAACAGCCAUCAGUGCUGAUGUUGUUGAUAUUGAUAAUACUACUACACGUGGCUCCAGUGGCGGCAUUGCUGGUACACGGGGAAGAAAUGGCAAAAAAAGAAAUCGGAAAAAUAAAAAGCCGUCCGAGAAACCAAUUAACUCCAAUCCGGUUCAAGACUUUGACGGCGUAACGAAUCGAAGUUCAAGCGCAAACAAGACCAGAGUCGGCAGAAAAGGUGCUAAACGGCUGCAAAAUCUACAACAGAAAGCGCUUAUGUUGCAGCAAUUAACAUCCAGCUCAUCGACGAUUGCUGCCCCCACAUCGUCUUCUGUAUUACAAAGUUCCAAGGUUCGAAAGCUUUCGCGUUUCCGUCGCGCAGAAUGGCCUGCCAACAAAAUCCCACGAUCCCAACUGGAGCACACAUUGGUUCGAGACAGUACAAUAAUUCCGUUUUACAGUUCAUUGAAUGGGUCUAGCGUCAGUUCCAUUGGGAGUAUCACUAAUAGUGUUACCUUUAGGAAUAGCUCAAUUUCAACUAUCGAUCUCAAUAAUAACAAUAGCAACCAAAGUGAAAAGGAUAUCAUUAAUUUGAAUCCUGAACUCUGCUACAAAGUGAGUGGACUUAGUGGAGGACAACAGAAAUUAUGUGCCCAGCAUACAAGCGUUAUGCCGGCAAUUAGUCGAGGCGCCCGAGCCGCUAUUCAGGAGUGCAAACAUCAGUUCAAGCACCGACGAUGGAACUGCACAACGAUAGAAGACAACACCGUUUUUGGACCCGUUUCAAAUAUAGGAUCACCAGAGAUGGCCUUUGUCCACGCUCUGGCAGCAGCUGCUGCUGCCAGUUUUAUUGCUCGCGCCUGCCGAGACGGACAGUUAGCCUCAUGCGGAUGUUCCCGGAGCUCUCGACCGUCGCAGUUACACGAAGAUUGGACAUGGGGCGGGUGUGGCGACGACAUGGAAUUCGGCUACAAAUUCUCUCAAACCUUCAUCGACAUCAAAGAAAAAGAACGAAAACGUGGCACUAGAGGUUUGGUCUCCAUCCCAGCGAAAUAUCCAAAAAUCGUCGAACGGCUGCUAGAAACAUUAAAUGACACAAGUGAAAAUAUUCUGAAUGGCACAGAUACACUUUUCAGACCCGAAGAUCUACAAAAGUUGCAAGACAAAAUUGCCAAAGAAAUUUCUAGUUCAAAUUUGGAUCCCAAGGAAAUGAACGAUUUACAGGAAAAAAUUAACAAAGAAAUAACUAACUCUGAAGUUUUCAACUUAAAGCAUUUUAACAUUUACGAUAAACUUAAAAAGAUGUUCCGAAAACCAGAAAAAACUCUCAACGGUGUGAAGUUCAGCGCUUCAGCCAAAGCUCGUGCACUAAUGAAUCUGCAUAACAAUGAAGCAGGACGAAGGGCAAUCAUAAAAAAAUCACGCAUAAUAUGCAAAUGUCAUGGUGUAUCCGGUUCGUGCAGUCUUAUCACCUGUUGGCAACAGUUAACUUCAAUUCGAGAAAUUGGUGAUUUUUUGAGAGAAAAGUAUGAUGAAGCUACCCAAGUGAAAAUCAACAAACGAGGUAGAUUGCAGGUGAAAGACUCCCGAUACAAAAUUCCUACUCCACUUGAUUUAGUGUAUCUCGACGAAAGCCCGGACUGGUGUCGAAACAAUAGGCAACUUAAGUGGCCUGGUACGCAUGGCCGAGUCUGCAACAAAACUUCUACGGGCCUAGAUGGAUGCGCGAUACUUUGUUGCGGAAGAGGUUAUAACACAAAAAAAAUUGUCGUUAAAGAACGGUGCAACUGUAAAUUUCAGUGGUGCUGUCAGGUCAAGUGUGAUAUAUGUACGAAACAUAUAGAAGAAUACACAUGUAAAUAAUUCUUUAUAACAAGAAUGUAUUGCAAAACUUUGUAUUGCUCUUAGGAACGAAUUUUUAGAUUAAGGGCUUGACUCACAGAAUGAAUCAGUUAAGAAUUUAGUAUGAUUGAAUGUGUAUUAGAACGAGUUAAAGAAUUAUUUAUUUCUCAGUAAAAGUUUAUCAGUGUGAACGAGACAAUUCUAUAUACUCCAUUUGUGGUACCACUGAUACCACUGGAAAUUAUUUCCGCUAACACAUGACUUUAAAAAAAAAAAAAAAGCAUCAGCAAUUUUCGAAUGAAAGGUCAGAACGUAUGCUUAUUUUAAUUUUUUAAGAAUGGUAAAAAUGAAAAGAAAAUGAUUACAAAUUAGUGACUUGACUUGCCAUUGAUUUUGUUUCAAAGUUUCGAAAAGCUGCCGACUAUACUGUGUGAGUAUACGAACACAACACUUCAACUAUGAAAUUUGUCAAACAAUCCGCUGCUUCACGCUUCGACAGAUUAGCUGAUUUCCGAAAUCCACUUCGCCGGACUAAUAAAUACAGUGACUAUAGUCGACAACUCCCUCCAUAAUAAUUUAUAGUAACCUAGGCAGGACGUGACAACUGUUAUUCUUCUUUAGGUAUUUGCCUUACCCUUGGAAAAUAUUCUCAAUCUUCAACAUUUUAAAAGAAUAUUUUCUUAUUCAUCAUACAAAAUUAUCAAAGACGCUGGCAGCGCAAAUUAGAAAAUGAUAGUACAAUGUCGUGCAUCCAGAUCAGGAGUUAAGACCCACAUUCAAUAUCUGAAUUAAUUCGACUUAUGCAUAUUCUACAAGCAUGGAAUUAUAGGCCGUUUUGAAUGAUUCAUGAUUAGGUAUUUGCCAAUCCGUUAUAAAUUGAUGUAUUUAGAAUUUGUUUUUUCACAAAAAAACUUGCAAAACAUUAUCAACGUUUACAUAUCGAAUAGACAAUAUUUUUAAUUGUCGGUGCAUCCCAUUGAAUUUGGCAUAAAAUUCACACUAUUCGAAAUUAGUUAAUCUCACAAGUUCGUUUGCUUUCAAGAUCAUCUGUUUUUCUACUUGUGAUUGCAAUGACAGCCAGACCUACGAAUCAGAUGGACAAAAUAAACUCUUUCACGCAAGUAGAUAAUCGACUUGUAAAUGAAAAAUCACGCAUGGAGAAAAAACGUUGUCAAUUCCGAAGAAAUUAAGUGAGUCCAUUCACGAGCAAAAGAGUUCUGUAAAAAUACCAGUUUUGAGAGCAUUCGACAACACACUUACUACAAUAUAAAUUGUCGUUUUAUUUGAUCAACUUUAAUCAUAUUGCAUGUCUAAUAAUGUUACUCUAUCUAACAUUGUAUAUAUAUAUAUAUAUAUAUA